GUUGUUUGCAUCCGUUCUACGUGGAAUGCUCUGUCACCAAAGCUGAGUUGUGAUACAAGACCCCUCAUUUUAAAAGCACUGAAUGAAUUGUUUGCCCUGGUUCCCUCGUUAACAGUGAAUACAAACGAAUAUGAGAAAUUCAAAGCUCAAGUUAUCAGCUUCCUUUGGAACAACACACAAAACAAGGAUGCUGUUGUAGCCAUUUCAGCCUACAAAUCACUCUCAUCAUUUGGCUUUGAAGAACACACAAUUCUUCAUCUUCCUGAACAGGCACGACCAGAAGCUGACUCACUGGAGGAGGCAGACAUGAAUGAAGAUGAAGAAGAGGAGAAAGAGGUGGAUCUUUUUGUUCCGGGUUCUUCAUAUAUCAAGCUGUUGUCUCUAACGCCAGCUUCUGUUUUAGGAGCAUUUGAAGAGUUUGCAGCAUCACUUGUGAAACAGGAGAUGACCAACAUGCCACGUGGUGUGUAUCACUCUGCCUUGAGAGGAGGGACCACACGCUCAGACCAGGGGAAGACCAUGGCAGGUGUUCCAAACUUCUUGUUGAAAAUGUAUGAGAGGAACAAACAACCAGGCAUGACACCAGGCCUUGCAGCUGGCAUGUUGUUGUGUUACGACCUUCCAGUCCAUAUAGGCAAAGAUGGCAAGCCUAUUAAUCGAUUUCUGGCCAGCAGGGGCCGCAAUUUCCAGCAAAUGUUGGUGGCCCUCAUUCAUGAGGUUAACAUUCAACCUUCUGAAUGGCACCGCUCCAUACUGCUGCCACAGUCAUGGUUAGGAUUUAUGAGUCGAACCUACAGUGCAAUCCUGCAGGGGAGGCAGGCAGAGCUGGAGAUGCAGUUAAAACAUGGAAAAGAGGAUCCUGAAGAGGUGCAGUACAAACAGUUUACAGCCUGGCUCUGGGUCAGAGAUAUGUUGACCGAUGUCAUCAAAGGUGCUUCCAAAGACAGCCCAGUGGUGAAAGGAAACUCUAUUUUUGCCUUAACUGGUCUUGCAGUUGCUGUAGCCAAAUAUGAAAGCAGCCUUUCCUCAGACACUGAAGGGAUGCCUGAGACUGAACCUGAUUUUCUUCCCACAAAACACUGGAUUUCUAUGGUCACAGAGACCCUCUUUAGUAUUGUGAAUAGCCGCUAUCACCCUAAAGGUCAAGUCUUCCCAUGGUUCUACCAGAAAUCCUAUUCAGGUGAAAAUACUGCUAGUAUUAUAGCUCGUUCCUGUGCGGCCACUGCUUUGUCUCUCCUGGUGCCAGUUUUCAUUGUAUCAUGUAAGGAGAAGGUUGAAGAAGUCCUGAAUAUGCUGACUGACAGGUUACCUGGGAAACGAAAUGCUGAUGAGUCUCAAGCUGUUCAAAUCCACAUGGGCCUUGGUUUGGGGAUGUUUAUCUCACGUUUGUAUGAAGAAAAAGUCAGUGAUGUACCUGGUCAACAGAUGAAUUUAGUCCUAAUGAAGUCCCUGGAUGCGCUGGAAGAGUGCUGCUUUGACACCAGUCUGGAAUACAAUACUGGAUGUAUUUUGGGAGUAGGACUUGUUCUUUCGCUUAUGAGUCACAGUAGCCAAACAGAAUCACGAGUGCACGUUUCAGCUUCAUUGCGAAAACUCUGCAAAUACCUGGACAGCAGUGAGGACCAAAGCAGAUGGGUCCAGGAGGUACUUGCCUACUCUGUGGCCUGUUCCUGUGUCUCUGCUUUCAGUGCUGGAAUCAUAGAAGCAGCUGAGGCUGAGGAGGCCAUGAACAAGCUUCGGUCCUUAGUGGAAAAUAAUCAGCAGACCCAUGGUUUUGCUUUAGCUCUAGGUGCAAUAGUACAUGGAUUGUCAGCUUGUGGUCAUGGGAAAGCCGAAGACCUGAGUAACAGACUAAUACCAGCCUGGAUAAAAAUUGUGCUUGCAGAGGGUUCUCCAACAAUGCAGCGUCUGGCUGCUGUCAGUGGGCUGGUUGCACUGGUGGGCUCUGAAGGAGGCAUGAUACAGCUGAAAUCUGAGAGCAUUCAGUCCUCUCAGUUUCAAAGUAAGCUGAAUGAAGUCAUCAGAACCCUCACACAGAUAAUCAGUUUUUCAGGGCAGAUUGGCCUUCAGACGAAUGCAGCAGGACUUUUGGGACGCCUUCAUAUGUCCUGUUUGUCUUCUACCCAGAACAGGGCAUCCGUUCCUCCAGAUUUUAGCUACUUGCCUGAAAACAGCUUUAUCAGGGCAGCCAUUGACUUUGCCAUUGAAAGUGGAAAGAAAGGCCCUGAAUCUGUCCCAACUGACCUGGUGAAAGUAGCACUGGCACCUAUUGCAUUAGUUGGAGAAAGCCAUCAGUAUCCACCUGUAAAUUGGGCAUCCAUCCUUUCUCCUUUGAUGAGGCUAAACUUUGGUGAUGAAGUAAAACAUCUCUGCCUUCAGCUGGCUGUGACACAGGCCCAGUCAUCUCAAAAUGCAGCAAUGCUUUUGGGGAUGUGGGUGGCACCUCCCCUUGUCUAUAGUCUCAGCAUUAAAACCCAGAAAUACCUUUUCAUGUCCCUGCCCCUGUGGAUGAAACAUGUUGCAGAAGACAAAUUACAGUCUUUUACAGAAGUGUUUCUGAUACAACAAUUUGAAGUGAAGAACCACACAAAAACUCCAGAAAUCUGCCAGUGUGUUUUACAAGGGCUCGUGCAGGCAAUGAAACUUCCAAACCCUGCCCAGUAUUGCUGGGGCUUUCUGUGCCGGGCUGUGGAGAAGAUAUUUGAGCUUCUACCAAAUGAGGUUCUGAGGGGCGAACUGGAGAUGUAUAUCGAUGUAGCGAACUGUAUCUCAGAAAUGGCUGAUUCAGAGAUUGAUCGCAUUGUCCAGAUCUCUAAGAACAAUAAAGAGAAGGCCACAUUCACGAAAGUGUAUUUAAUUUCUCAAGGCAGAUUGCCUCUGAUGAACUUGAGUGCUGUGAUUGAUACUGUGGCAGGAUAUCACCAGAAAGAAAAUAUUUCAUGGAUGCUCUUGCAUAGUUUCUAUCAUGCUCGUAUUGUGAGCCAUGAAAACACAGGAGUGCUGAAAAGAAUGGACUGGCUGCUAGACCUGAUGGGCUACAUCAGAAAUUUAGCAUUCAAGUCAACACCCUUACAAAAUGUCAAUCUUAAAGAGUGCAUAGAUUUCCUCCUGUGGCUGUUUGCAGCUUCUGUGGUGGCCUGGGCUGACCAUGGUGCACCAUUGCUGCUAGGCCUCAGUGCUAACUGGUCACCGUGGAAGCACCAAACGGUAUUACCAGAAUUAUCUAAGGAUCACGUUGGCAAACACCCCAUUGACAAGCUUGCUGUGCAGGAGACUCUCACUUUCCUUCCAAGCAGCAUUUCCCUUUUGCUGGCUAAAGAGCCUUGGAAAGAACAAACACAGAAGUUUAUUGACUGGCUGAUCAAUAUGAUGGAAAGUCCUAAGGAAGCAUUAUCAAAAUCUUCCAUGGACCUGCUGAAAGUUACUCUUCUGGCCUUGAGAUCUGUUGCGGAGUUCAAGAAGAAAGCAGUGUGGACUAAAGCUUAUGGGUGGUAG